AUGUUCUCUCGACGGGUCGUGUCCGCAGCUGCGCGGUCUGCCCGUUCCACUCUCGGACCGCAAUCCCAAAUUCCUAGAGCUCAAUUCUCAAUUGCUCGCCAGCUACGAGCACAAGCAGAGCCCGAAGAUCCCGAAGAGAAUGGUGGCUAUAUCAACCCUCCUGCGAUCAAGCGACAGUACCGCGACCCCUAUGGCGACUGGCACGACAAGCAAGAGCGGAGAAACUGGGGCGAGCCUGUUCAUGAGGACAAUGAUGUUCUUGCCGUCUUCUCACUAUAUAAUUACGAUCACAUGACUCCUGGCCGAGCUGGGGUCAUGUGGCUCGGUUUCAUAAGCUGCAUCGGUCUCCUCAGCUACGCUGUCUACUCUACAUAUCCCGACCGGCCGGCUUUUCCCAAAGAGUAUGAAGGUGGGCUUGACAAAGAGUUGGGUGGCAUGGGAGCCGUACGGGUAAGUUGA